AUGAACGUCAGCAUCGCCAUGAACGCCACCCACUUAGUGGGCCCGCCCACCUGGCACCCCAUGCAGAUCUGCGAACUGGCCGCGUGCCUCAUCGGCAGCGUAUCCAACCUGGUGAUCGCCGUGGUCCUCCUGCUGGACAAGCACCUCCACACCCCCUUCACCGUCUACCUCUUGCUCCUCCUCACCUCCAACCUCCUGCAGGCCUCCGUCUUCUACCCGCUGGACAUCAUCAGCCAUUUAUACAGCCACGCCUGGUGGCUGGGCGAACGGGCCUGUGACCUUUUCAACUACUUCAUCUUCGUCUUCGGCGGGGUGUUGAUGCAGUCGCACGCGCUGAUCACCUUCAACCGUCUAUGGGCCAUCACCUUCCCGCUGUCUUACCGCAACUACCACAGCACGCGGGUGGCGCUGCUGUUGUGCGGGGGCUGUGUGGCGUAUGUUCAUUUAGUGUGCCUGCCGGGGGUGGUUAUUGAUGCGUUGUAUUAUCGGCCGCCGGUGGACCGGUUUAAACUGUGUAGUCUGGAUAUCGGGCGGCAGUUCCCGUGGGCGGUGGCCUCGGAGGUAAUCAUCUACAUCGCCCCGAUUGUCUUCGUGGUGGGCGCCUAUCCCUUCCUCUUCCACAAACAGCACCAGCGCAAAGGCGCCGUCCACGGCUCCAAACAGGACUCGGUGAUGGAUUCCAAGGUCACCGGCGCGCACCCGGCCCGCAAGGAGCAUUCGCACGGGUUCGUCGUGCUGACGUUAUCCUCGGUGGGGAUCAUGGUAUCCUUCGCGCCGGGGCAGAUCGUGGCGCUGCUGAUGCUUGCCGGUGUGGGCGGGGAUCUGCGACAAGCCUCGCUGGUCACGGCGAUCCUGGCAUUGAUCCAGCCGGCGCUGGAUCCCAUCUUCUUCGUCCUGUGUUUGAAGGAUCUACGCUUGGCGAUUGUGCGUAUCGCCCGCAGCUGUGUGGAUCGUGUCUUGAUGCGAUAAAACCUUGGCGCGGUGAGGUUCAACCGUGGGAGAAUGUUUCCGCCAACC